AUGGGUUUUGCUAAUUCGAAAGUUAGGAACCCCUGGCCAGACAAUCUGAGUGUGGCGAUGGAAAUUCACGAGAUAAAUGAUGUGAAGGCGGCUGUGGCGAUGGAAAUUCACGAGAUAAAUGAUGUGAAGGCGGCUGAAAAAAUAUAUUGCAAUCUUCAAUCAAUGGCCGUAUUUCCAUUGCCCCAGCUUGAAGAUAAUGCUGUAUUAUUACCCAGUUCCCAAACUAUCUCAACGCAGCCUCAGCUAUGUGACGUAUCGAGAGAUAUACAAGGUGCUCAUAAUUGGAAUGGUUUGCUUGAUCCCAUGGUUCCCAAUUUGAAAGCUGAAGCUCUCAGAUAUGGGAAUUUGGCACAGCUUUGUUACGACGCAUUUGAUGGCACAGCUACUCCAAAAACUACGGCACACGUUAUCACACUAAAAGAGAUCUGUUCAAUAAGAUGGGCAUGUCUGAAAGUGGCUACCAAGUCACUGAAUAUAUGCAAGAGGACAGGCAAAAACCAAGAGCAUCAUUUCGCGGAUGGAGUACUAAUUGAGAGAGGAUUCCUGAGCUGCUAUACUUCAACUGUCCGUCACCGUCAAGGCGCUGCAGGAGCCACUGUGAACAUCAGCACCAGAGAUUUGGUAGUCUCAGAGAUAGAACGAUUGAUUCAAGUUUAUGAAAAAGAGAUGGACAAUUUAAGCAUAACAUUUACGGGACACAGCUUAGGAGCUGCUCUUGCAACCUUGAGCGCUUAUGAUAUCAAACAAAUGCUUUGCACCAAGCAUAAUUUUCAUCAAAUUCCCGUCACCGUCUUCGCUUUUGCCUCUCCCCGGGUGGGAAAUCUUGCGUUUGCUAAACGGGUGGAGGAGAUUGGAGUGAAAGUGCUGAGGUUUGUGAACAAGCGUGACCUGGUUCCCAAAGUGCCCGGAGUUUGUAUGAACGAGAACGUGGGAUGCCUCAGCAAAUUGCCGCAUUGGCUUCCGUGGACAUACUUUCAUGUUGGCGUCGAGCUUCCUUUACACAACAAUUCUCCAUUCAUUCAGCACACCCAUAAUCUUGCCUACUUUCAUAAUUUAGAGCUUUACUUGCAUUUACUGGACGGGUACGUUGGAAGUAAGCAGCCGUUUUCUUGGAGUGGAAGAGAUCAUGCUCUGGUUAAUAAGAGCUGUGAUUUAUUGCGCGAGAAAUAUGAAAUUCCUCCAAAAUGGUGGCAGGAACAGAACAAGGGCCUCGUUAAAGGUCCAGAUGGCAAAUGGACGCAGCCAUCAGAAGAGGAAUAA